ACAAGUGAGCGGAAGCGGAACCUUUAUUUGAGCCUCACGUUUCCUCCGGAGAGUUUUAAAGCCCGUGCUGGAACGAGUGGUCAGGCUGCAGUGUUUGUGCUGUAUUGAUUAUUAUUUUCAUAUUAAUCAGCGUGGACCAUGAUGCAGUGCGGCUGGUCUCUGUUAGGUCCGCUGCAGUGGAUCCGUUACGUCAACAAACAGGUGAUGGUGAAGGCGGGAAACGAUGAGGAGCACCGCGGCUGGCUGCUCACCGUGGACCCGGUGUCCGCCAGUCUGGUUCUGGUGACUUUCGGGGAGGAGGGCAGAGCAUCGGUGCAGGUGGUGAUGGGUCACGCCGUGGAGGAGGUGCAGGUUCUUCAGGAGGCAGAUAAGGAGACCACCAGGCGUCUCCAGACCUCCUUCCUCCCUGCGAGGACCUGUGGGCUAGACCCAGAGGAGCUGAGGAGGAGGAGGGCCGGCGUCCAGAGGUGGCUAGAGAAGAACCGUGUCCCAGUGGAGGAGGAGGGGGACCAGCUGAGGGUGGCGGGGGUACUUACCCUUGCAGCCCCAUACGGACCUGAAGACUGCUGCAGCUCCAACCAGAUCAUCCUGGACCGCAUCCAGAAACUGAUCCAGAAUCUGGUCCAGAGUCCAUAUUAUCCAGACUGAUGCGGAACUCCUCGCAGGACUGAAAACUUUUAAUACUGUCAGACAGUGAAACCAGCCAAUCUGCUCUCUGCCCUGUCUCCUGACCAGAGUGCAGCAUCAGUGGAGAUCCAGACAGGAAACUGAUUCAAGAUGCAGCUGGACUCAAACCUGUGACAUGUUGGUUCCAUGUUGUGUGUCAGGACAUUUGAUGUCCUGCUGUGAUAACUUCUUGUUUGUGAGUAUUAAACAUUAAAAGUUUCAUCAGCUGA